GGUAUCACAAUCACACGCUUUUUAUUUAAGCACCAAAAGUUGCUGUCAUCAUUUGGGUUUUCUUUUUCGUAUAAGCCAAAUAAGACGGGCUCUCUUUUUUUGCAUCCCUUUUUCUUUUUUAACAAACAAAGCACAAUGAAUUCAUUUUCUAACUUAAAUCUUGCUAUCCCAGACCUAUGGGAGGUGCGGGAUGUCAUAAAUAAAGUUAAAAAUGUCGUUCUGAAUUACACCGAGAUGGAAGCCAAAGUUCAUGAUGCCACAAACAAUGAGGCAUGGGGUGCUUCCAGCACUGUAAUGCAAGAAAUUGCUCAAGCUACUUUCAACUAUCAAUACUUUAACGAAAUUAUGCCAACACUUUACAAGCGCUUUACUGAAAAGGAGGCAAAAUACUGGCGUCAAAUUUAUAAGUCUCUUGUGCUUUUAGAAUAUCUGGUCAAGAAUGGCUCAGAAAGAGUAGUGGAUGAUGCUAGAUCUCAUGUAUCCAUGAUUAAAAUGAUGAAGAAUUUUCACUAUGUUGACGAAAAGGGCAAGGAUCAAGGAAUCAACGUCCGUAAUCGUGCCAAGGAACUGGCUGAAUUGUUGGGUGAUGUUGAUGCCAUCAAGGCGGAGCGUAAAAAAGCCAAAAAGAACCGCAACAAGUACACAGGUGUUGGGUCCGAAGGUGGAAUGAGUUUCGCAAGCAGCAGCGGCAGUAAUGGUAUGGGUGGUAGUGGACGUUAUGAAGGUUUCGGUAGUGAAUCCAACUAUAGCUCAGGCGGCGGUGGCGGUGGUUCGAGCGGAAACAACUAUUCAACCAGUGGUGGAUUUGGAAGUAACGAUUUCUUUGAUGACGAGAAACCUGGUCGCUAUGACGAUUUUGAUUCUCCCUCAAGUCAACGUCGUGGUAGCAACAAGUCUCAAAGUAGCAACUCAACCGCACCCCCUCGUCGUGUUUCAAAUGCUAAGCCAGCCAAGACCGCUAAAGAGUUGAACCUUUUUGAUUUUGAUGAGCCCGCCACAAGCUCUUCUUCCAACAACAAUAACAAAGGCAAGCAUAAUAAUGAUGAUGAUUGGGGAGAUUUUGCCGAUGGUGAUGCCAAUGACGAUUUUGAUGAUUUCCAAAGUGCACCUGCUGCUGUCAAGCCCACUUCAGCACCGACGGCUGUAAAAACCGCACCAAAGAACGAUAUUUUUGACCUUUUGGGUGACGACAGUACAUUUACAUCUGCUCCUUCACCCCAACCACAACAGCAACAACAACAACAACAACAAUAUCAAAAGCCCAAUUUGAUGUUAUCACAGGGUAUGACUUUUGAAACACUUGUGGCUGGUAACUCGCAAUUGAACUAUUCACCUGUGAUUCAACCCUCCACUGUGCAAAGAGCAUCGACACCCACAGCAGCACCAGCUGUUAGUCAAACAAAGACACAACAACCGGCUGCUAUUGGUGGUAUUUGGUCGCAAGCAUCCAACCUUGUCAUGUUGGAUUCUUUAGGUUCAAAUGCUGCUCCUGCUAAGCCUACACAAGGCCCUUCCAUGAACUCUUUAAAAAACACAAGUGUGAAUGCCGGUUGGAAUAAUUGGGCGUCUGCUAACCCUUCUCCUGCGGCUCAACCUCAACCUCAGCAAACAAAGCAAUCUUCUGCUUUUGAUGAUUUAUUAUUCUAAUUUUUUUUAUAUAUAAAUAUACACUUUUUUCUUUCUUUACAACA